AUGAAAGUGAGGGGAAGCAACGAGCAACGAAAGUGGGCGGAAUCAGCAAGGAAAGAGGAGACAAGCAGCAAGCAAGGAAAGAGAACGGAAGCAGGAGAGAAGCAACAAGCAAGGAAAGAGGAGGGAAGCGACAAGGAAAAAGCGCGAAAGAAGCAUCAAGAAAAGAGAAGGGACAUUUCAGGAAAAUGGAUUACACACCAAGUAAAUAAAGGCUCUAUUUUAGUGCUACAUACCAUAGCUUGGACAACACCAGUGGAAGACGCAUGGAAGCUAAAUUUCGCUGCCUAUGCCCCUAAUCAGCAUAGGCAUGCAGGAGCAGGUUAUGUCCUUCGCGAGCAUCAUGGCAUCUUCAAAGCCGCACGUGCAGAGCCAUUGCCAAAUGAUUUCAGCCACAUCGAAGCGAAACUUGUAGCUCUUGAUUUGGGUCUACAAGAAGCCAUAGUACAAGGCAUUGAUUACCUUGAGAUUGAGGGACAUUCCCCAUAUGCAAUGGAGAUGGUUGUUGAUGACGAGGCAACACUGACGCCCUCGAUAAGAUCCAUUGUCCAUAAAUGCCGUACACUUUUACAACAAUUUAAACUGGUGAAAUUUCACCCUGUGGCGGCAUAUGCCAACAGGGCUGCCACAAAAGUAGCAGAAAUGGCAACUAAAGAAGCAGAGACACAACGCUGGACUAUGGAACCUCCCGACGAAAUAGCUAAAAUUCUGGUUGAGGACAUGACUGGGUUUUGGGAAAGUUUAUAUUAUUAA